AUGCAGCCAGCAGGCUGGGCGGCCGUCAGGGAGGCGGUGGGCCGCGACAUGCUGGCCGCUGACCUCCGUUGCAGCCUCUUCGCCUCGGCGCUGCAGAGCUACAAGCGCGACUCAGUGCUGCGGCCCUUCCCUACGUCCUAUGCCCGCCACGACUGCAAGGACUUUGAGGCCCUGCUUGCAGAUGCCAGCAAGCUACCCAACCUGAAAGAACUUCUCCAGUCCUCUGGAGACAAAGACAAACGUGCCAGGGAUCUGGUGAGCUGGAUUUUAUCCUCAAAGGUCCUGACAAUCCACAGUGCAGGGAAGUCAGAGUUCGAAAAGAUCCAAAAGCUGACUGGUGCCCCUCACACGCCUGUCCCCGUGCCGGACUUCCUGUUUGAAAUUGAGUACUCCAACCCAGCGAACGCCAAAUUUUAUGAGACCAAGGGAGAACGAGACCUAAUCUACGCCUUCCACGGGAGCCGCCUCGAAAACUUCCAUUCCAUCAUCCACAAUGGGCUGCAUUGCCACCUGAACAAGACAUCCUUGUUUGGGGAAGGGACCUACCUCACCAGUGACUUGAGCCUGGCCCUCAUUUAUAGCCCCCAUGGCCUUGGAUGGCAGCGCAGCCUCCUUGGCCCCAUCCUCAGCUGUGUGGCUGUGUGUGAAGUCAUUGAUCAUCCAGAUGUCAAGUGCCAAAUGAAGAAGAAGGAUUCUAAGGAGAUAGAUCGCAGGAGAGCAAGAAUCAAACAUAGUGAAGGCGGAGACAUCCCUCCAAAGUACUUUGUGGUCACCAAUAACCAGCUCCUGCGAGUGAAGUACCUGCUGGUGUACUCCCAGAAGCAGCCCAAGAGAAGAAUCAGGCCUGGAGAGGUGACUUGCCCGAGGUGAGAAGGCCUGGAAGAGGCAGCGCCAAAGCUGACUCUGGAGCUGGAAUAAUAAGAAAGGCAGGCAAGUACAAGGCGGAAGCUAGAGGGACUGCCUGAGCAGAAAGGAUCUGGGCUGGUAGCACAGGGAGGUUGGAACGGGUCUGGGGGAUGCAAAAUGACCUCCCUUCCUAGGCUAAGGCCGUUAGCUUUGACAUGUCUCAUAAGCAGGGGGCACCUGGGAUGCUGGGAGUCGGACUGUAGGAAGUCUCUCCUGAUGGCUGCAUGAUUAAAAGGCUGGGUUCAGCCCCAUUACCUUUUUGCCCUGUCACUGCAGAUCCAGGAGGUGAGCUCAGAGGCACAUGGCAUGGAAUGUGGGGCAGGGAGGGGUGGCCCCUCCCUUCCACCUCUGCUGCCUUCUCAGAGCUCAGGCCAUCAGCCUGCUCUGAUUAAGCUGACUUCUUGGAGUCCUCAAAUCCAGGGGUUGCCAGCGGCCAAAUCCCCCUGAUUGUCUGGGAUGUUCCCGACAGCAGAGAAUAAACAGUCUCUCCUGUCCGGCCAGCUGUGCUGAGCAGCAUUCCUGUCUCUUGGCCCACCCAACUGGGUGGGGCUGCAGCACUGUGUCCACCUCCAGCAGAGGCCUAGGGAACCUGGCGAGAGGGUGGAAAGGGAGAGGGGAUGUCACCGUCUCCAGGCCACACAGGACAUUGACUCCUGCCUGAGUCCCCAUUUUGCCUCAGCAUGAGGCACCUCUGUUUCAAGCCACUGCCUGGCACAAGCUCUGUGCAUGUAAUAAUGACUCUGUGACUUAAGAGGAGGCCCAUACCAGGCCACUGCCUCCUGGGAUUGGAGCCCCUCACCCUUAUCCAGAGACUGCCUGGGGAAUUAGAGACUCCUAUCUCAUUCUGACUACAUCUGAAGGCAUCACACCCAAAAGGGUCAUUUUAUGGAGAUGGACACAGCGAGUCAGCAGCAGAAGUGGGACUAGACGCUGGACCUUUCAUUGCUGUCCAUCACCUUGGAAUGCUGUGGAUGCUGGGGCUAAAAGUGACACAGGGGCUCUGAGUGAGAGGGGCGGCCCAUGUUUUUGGAGAGGAGCAGAGGUGUUUUCAUCCUACGCCUGUUUUGGAGAUCAGGCUUGUGGCCGAGCCAUUUCCUGAGGAAGUAAGUCCUCUGGAAAAGCGCUGUUCACCAGCCCCUCCUAAAUCAUGCUUUUGGAAGCAGAGCUGGGGCAGCAGGACCUGCGUGGGGCUCUGUCUCUGUCUAGAGGCCAGCACACAGCCUAGGCUUGGCAGGCUACGGGUGGUGGCUGGGGACGGAGGGCAGAGUCCUUGGCAAGGGGGAGCACCCCCCAGCACACACCAUCUGCUUCUCUGCCACAGGACUCUGGCCUGGGAUUGUGGAGGAGGAGAGAGUAGCCUUUCUCAGCCAGUCUGCAAAAGGAAUUCCUCUAGGAGCCCCUUCUGGCCGCAGACAGAAGUGGGAGGGAGGCAGACAGUGUGGGAACCCAGGGCAGCCAGGGGGUCUCUGUGGACAGGUGUCUCACUCCCAGUCUGUCUUAGGCCUACAGCAUUGUCUUUGUCUAGCUGCGUGUAUCAGUGUGAGUUUAUGUGACUGUUCUGUUGUUUGCAUGUCUGGGCGGCUGCAUUUCUGGUUGGAGCUGGGUUCCUCAGUGGGAAAAGCAUGUUUGCCAGCAUAUCGAUGAGUCCCUAUCUCUGUGUAAGCUCAUGUAUGUGGGUAUCUUCAAGGGAACAUGUGGGCCUCUGCAUAGUGAGUGGGUCUGCACGUGCCUGCAAGUUUCUGUGGGAGUGUGCAUAUGAACAUUUAGGUUAUUUUGUUAUAAACAUGUACCAGGCUUUCUAGAUGUAAGUUUAUUAGGUAUGUGCAUCUCUGGGAGUGUGGGUAUAUAUACUUGUCAAUAAUGUGUUGGUGAGUGCCUGAAAGUGUAUAUGCCUGUCUGUUUAUAUCUGUGCAGAAGCAUUCACUCAUUCAAUUCAUUCACUAAAUGAUUUUCUCAUUUACUAACAGACAUCUUUAAAGUGCUUGUUCUGUGAGCACUGUGCACUGGGAACUUAGGGAGGUAUCCAGGGCAGCUCCUAAUGUUUUUAAGAACCAGGGCAAGAUGUACAUUUGUACGUCUAAAUAUAUUUUUAAGUUUUUUGUUUU